CCUUGGUUCGCUGAUUGUAGACUUUUAAAUGUCAUUGACAGCAAUGUGACAUAUUAUAGGACUCAACCAAGGCUAUUACUGUGGUUUUCCUAUAGGUAUAUACUCCAUAUUAGUUUUGGUGGUGUGAUGUUUGAGUGGCUCUCUUCUUUUCUUAGUAGCAUGGACUCUUUAAUCCACAUAAGCUCAUGAUGCUUCUGUAAAUCCAUCCAAUCUGUUGGUGGUCUAUACUUAACAGCCCUACUCAGCAAAUCUGGGUCAAUAGAUGGAAUGGUGAAGCUACACAGUGGCUGGUUGUGCAGAGCAAAGUUACCACAAUUUUAACUUUAAAUGAAUCACAUUUUUGAGGAUGAAGAUGAAGAUCUAACAUCCUCAUUAUGGAGAGGUGAGCUGGAAUAAAAACACAACUGGACGAGAGCUCAAGAAGGUGAAAGAUCUGAGAAUUUCAUUGAGAAAAUGGAACUCCAAAACCAAUUGGACAGGCGAUUGGAGACGGUAUUUGUUGCAAUCGGCCACCAGUGGAGUUUGAUACAAGUGCAAACCAUCAUCUUCUCUGCAAGGAAUUGAAAAGCAGCUCUGUAAGGCUGGAGGGCAAUUCAGAUCCAUACUACAGCGUCUGGACGGACGCUGAGACGAGCAAGGGUCAAGAGUUGCAACAAUCGCUCAUUUGCCAUGGACGCUAGAAUAAGACUAGAUAAUUUGAAGUCAGGGUGUAAUAAUUCGCCUUUGCUGUGCCACGGAUGGGAUGUUGUACAACUACAACUGUCAAAAAGACCUCUGGGACAGGGAAGAGUCACAGGAAGAAGAGUCUGCUUUGGACUUGGUAGAGCUCCUUGAUGUCGAGGAUGAUGUGCAGGAUGAAGAGAGCUGGUUAUAUGAGUCUCCAAAGAAGCAGGUGUUUGUGGAGAGAAGUGAGUCUGCUCUUAGAUGGUGUUCGACACGUCUUGGAUAACCCUAGGUCCUGAGAUGGAGGCGGCAAUGCCGAUUACUGAUAAACAGGCUAGAUCAAAGAUCAAGCGGCCCAUUUCUACAGAGGUCCUGCAGUUUUCCAUCAUGUGGGCUCCUCUAUGGACAAAAACAUCUGUCAGCACAACACACAAUAUCUCUGACAGUUCAGAUAACUAUGAGCUGGGCAUCUUCCAUGACUCCAUGACCACAAGCUACAGACUGCAGGACACCACAGAUGUCCACUUUAUGGCUCGUGUACAGGAAGCCAGUUUAAGACAGGACUAUGUUCCUAUGCCUGCCAGGAGAAGGCCUGAGUCACCGCCUAGCCUCUCGUCAUUGAGCGCUUCCCCUCGCCAGUCACCAACACCAGUAGCUAAGCGGGGCUGUCCAAACUGGCCCGACUUUCACCAGCAAGUCACCCAGUUCAAGCUGCUAAAACUCGCUCAGAAUCAAGCAACAUCACCAGGAAGGACCAGGUCACCUCUGCGGACCAGCCUGCGCUCCCUCCAGGCUGUUAGGAACAGCCGAAGUUUAGACACCGACAACUGCCCAUCUGCUGACCAAAUCACCUGACCCACCAUCAGGUGCAUCAUCUGUCAAAAAGGGGUUGAGUUGCUGGUCUCCGUCACUUUGUGCAGCGCCCAUGAACUCCAAUGGCUCAUUGCACUCAGCAAGAGACUCCUCAGACCGGGCGACAGCUGUGAGGAGACUGCUGAGGUCUCAGUCUCUCAGCCCCUGCAGGAUCCCUCACCUGUCUGUUCAUGGACGUGUUUUUGCCUCACCUGAUAGGUCGACCAGCGAAGCUUGGGGCAGAAAUGUGCCAUCCACUCAAAGGUGAAAGGUGUCACCAGUGAAUCCCUGAUAGUAAUAUGAUGAGGUAGAAUUAAAACAUUUAUGUCAUAUCUUGUUUUAAUUUACCUGUAUGCUUGCCUGCAUAAUCUUAUAAAUAGCUUUAGAUUGUGAAGGAAUUGACAUCUUUAUUAGAAUCAUUUAUAGCAUGUUACUCUGGAUGAAGACCAUCCACCCAUCAGAUGGGCCGGGAUCUGAGUCGUCUUCAUAUGAAUCAGAUUGUAGAUAAAGAUGCCAGAAUGUGUUGCUGGCAAUGCUGUGAACAACACCUGACAGAAGCAUUCUGGAGGGCUGGAGUUUAUAUUACCGAGACAUCCUGUGCAGUGAAGUCAGACAGUGUUGUGUUGUUUGAACAAAAAUCUAAGUAAUGUGGACAAUUGUAAAAAUGUAAUGUAUACAUGUCAGGGGAUAUUUGGCUGUUGUGCAGAUAAAUCCAUCUGUCUGAGAUACUCUUAAAACAAUGAAAAAUAAUGCUCUGUGCUUCAGCAGUCGUUAUGUGCUACUGUACCAUCAGUGGUUUUGCUGCAUUGCAACUUCUUAACAAUCCACAUUGAGGUACUGGUACAACGUGAGCAAUUCAGAGUUUAUCUGCAUGGGUGAUACGUGAUUCGUGUAGAUUUCAAUGCUCAUUUCAAUGUGGAAGUGCAGUCAAACUUCACUUUAGUGCGGCUGAUUGCAGAACAGGCUGUUUUUUUUGCAGAGUUGUUGCAACAGGAAGUGUGAAGUUUGCCUUCACGUAAGCACAACAAAACAGAUUACCUCUGCACAAUAGGAAGUGUGCACGUUACCAAGAAAUAGGUGUGGUUUUUGUGCAGUUUCUUCCUUAAACAGAUUAAUCGUCAUGUGUUCCAGCACGUCACCUGACGUCAAAUGCUAUUUACUUUAUUGCUGUAGUUUCAACGUUUCUUUGAUUCAUAGCAAAUCCAUCAAAAGUCAGUUUUUGUUCAGCUCUCUUUGAUCUCUUGAAUGAGAUUCAUUAACAUGCAGCACAAAGGAAAUGUUUAAGGGAUGAAGUCAGAUGUUUAUCAUGGUGAAUUGGUAAAGAAAUCAGAAGUUCAGAUGAU